AUGAACACGCUGCCCUAUACCCAGCACUUCUGGAAGAGUCUGGUCAGCUCCACCGGGAACUGCUCACUCUCCAGCAGCACCAGAAUGGUGCUCCCCUGCGUCAGCGGCUAUUUUAGCCAUUCUGGCAGAUCGGCGGGGGUGGGGAGCACCUUCGGGUCAGCCUUUCCUCCUGAACCUUUGCUCAACUCCCUGCUGCUCCGAACGCAGCUCAGCUGUCACCUGGAAGCCGGCCGGGAGUCCCGCUGGGCCCACGCCUCCGCAGUGCGCCCCCAAAGACACCGAGCUUCCACGGGCACCCGCUUGGAGAAGAGGCAGUCUGUCUCUCUGUCUGUCUGUCUGUCUGCCAGACCCGCCUGGGGACUCCUGGCCCGCUCCUUGGCCGCCCGAAGCACCCAGCUGGGCGCAGCCCUCCGGGACCUUUGGCGACAGACGCUCGGGUUACCCCCGGGCAGCCGGCUCCUCAACGGCUCCGGCACCACCUCCGAGUUAGCCGAGGGGGAAGCAGCCGCACCAGCUCCCGCUUCGUCCCCGCCCCUCGGGGAGACCCGACACCCCCCACCUCUGUCUACCGCCCUUAAGACCCAGCCUCCCGGGUCCUCCGGCCCCCGGGCCCCGGACUACCACCUGGUCGGGAUCAGCUUCUUUAUCCUGGGGCUGGGCACUCUCCUUCCCUGGAACUUCUUCAUUACGGCCAUCCCGUACUUUCAGGGGCGGCUGGCAGAGACCAACCACACCACGGGGACCCUGGGCACCAACCACACAGGCCCUCCAGACACUUUCAACUUCAACAACUGGGUGACACUACUGUCCCAGCUGCCCCUGCUGCUCUUCACCCUCCUCAACUCCUUCCUGUACCAGUGCAUCCCCGAGAUGGUGCGGAUUCUGGGGAGCCUGCUGGUCAUCCUGCUGCUCUUUGCUCUGACGGCGGCGUUGGUCAAGGUGGACAUGAGCCCUGGGCCUUUCUUCUCCAUCACCAUGGCCUCUGUCUGGUUCAUCAACUCCUUCUGUGCAGUUCUGCAGGGCAGCCUCUUCGGGCAGCUGGGCACCAUGCCUUCCACCUACAGCACCCUCUUCCUCAGCGGCCAGGGCCUGGCUGGGAUCUUCGCUGCUCUUGCCAUGCUCAUGUCCAUGGCCAGUGGCGUGGAUGCCCAGACCUCCGCCCUGGGGUACUUCAUCACACCCUGCGUGGGCAUAUUCAUGUCCAUCGUGUGCUACCUGAGCCUGCCCCACCUGGAGUUUGCACGCUACUACCUGGUCAAGAAACCAUUGCAGGCGCAGGGUCAGGAGCUGGAGACCAAAGCUGAGCUCCUCCAGUCUGAUGAGAAGAACAGUAUUCCCAACAGCCCCCAGAAGGUAGCCCUGACUCUGGACCUGGACACUGAGAAGGAGCCAGAGCUGGAGCCAGAGGAGAUCCAGAAGCCAGGAAAACCUUCCGUUUUCAUUGUCUUCCAAAAGAUCUGGCUGACGGCGCUCUGCCUUGUGUUGGUCUUCACAGUCACCCUGUCUGUCUUCCCCGCCAUCACAGCCAUGGUGACCAGCUCCACCAGCCCUGGGAAGUGGAGUCAGUUCUUCAACCCUAUCUGCUGCUUCCUGCUCUUUAACAUCAUGGACUGGGUGGGACGGAGUCUGACCUCUUAUUUCCUAUGGCCAGAUGAGGACAGCCGGCUGCUGCCCCUGCUGGUCUGCCUGCGUGUCCUGUUUGUGCCGCUCUUCAUGCUGUGCCACGUGCCCGAGAGGUCCCGGCUGCCCAUCCUCUUCCCGCAGGACGCCUACUUCAUCACUUUCAUGCUGCUCUUCGCAGUUUCCAAUGGUUACCUGAUGUCCCUUACCAUGUGCCUGGCGCCCAGGCAGGUGCUGCCGCACGAGAGGGAGGUGGCCGGCACCCUCAUGACCUUCUUCCUGGCCCUGGGGCUCUCCUGUGGAGCUGCCCUCUCCUUCCUCUUCAAGGCGUUGCUCUGAAGUGCUCCGUCCAGGGCUCGCCCACAGCUCUCUCUUCACUACCCCUUCAGAGCUGAGACCCCUGUGCAGGGGGAAUGGCGAGCCGGGCCCAAGCCUCUGCUGGGCUGGUGCCCCUCAGUCUGCAAGUGCCAGGUGGAGGUGGGUGCUGCUCUCCUUCCCGGGCUGGUAUCCAUCGGGGAGCUGCAAGGAAGAUUUCACCAGCGGUCAUUCUAACCCCCACCCAGCAAUGGAGCUGAAUCACACAGACAGACUCUUCAGAGGCACACGAGACCUCACUGCACAGGUGCCGAUCAGGGAAAAGAGGCCCAAGGACCGUGGCCCUUCCUCCCCAUCGAGAGUACAUUUGUCAAUUUCAAGAGACGCAUUUGCUAAUCUGUGGGGACUGGAGGCCACCAGCAGGGUCUUGCCACGGGUGUGGCUGAUGUGGCCCAGCCUCGGGUUCAGAGCGGGAGUAGGGGCCAGCCCAGGGUAGGAGCUCCUCCCCUCCCUGGUGCCCAGCAACUCCAUGAUCAGAGGAUGCCUGAUAGCAGCAGGGAGACGAACAGGCAUUAGGGAUCUGAAGGUACUCAAAGGGUCCUCCGGGCCUCAAACAGUGUUUGGACGCUGUCCCCGCUCCCCAGAGCCCAGCUGGGCCUGGGUCCUGGAGCUGCGGGUGGCCUACAUGUGUGCACCAUGCUUGACUUUUUGCAAAGCUCCUUCACACCCGUUCUCUCACUGAAGCCACGUUGAGACACUUGAGGCGAGCCAGGCAGGGACUGUGCUGGCCCUUUGUACAGGUGAGGAAACCGAGUCUCAGGGGGAAGUGACCUGGUCCGUGGCCCAGCCGGGACCCAGCCCCCACCUCCCUCCUCCCUGUAGGUGCUGUUCUUCCUGCCCACUACCUGCUUCCCCUUCCCUCACGAGGCUCGAGGCAGGAGUCCUAAGCACUUGCUCCAUAUCUUUGCUGUUUUCCUUCCAAAUCUGCUCCUGGGUCUAAUAACAACCUUCUUCAUUUGUA